AUGGAAUACACCUCUUACAAGAGCCUUCGAACCAUGAUUCUCAAAGCCGUUGACCAGAAGCCGGAUAUCUCUAUCGAUGAACUCCGCAAAUUUCAAAGUUACGAGACACAAUUGGAAAACGUGAACCUGGAAAAUUCACAAGAACGUCCAGUCUCAUCCGAAGUCAACGAACUGAAGAAGUACCACAGUCAGCCAGAACACACCCAUUCACUCCCCCUUUCUUCAAACCCUUCCAAUACACGGAAGUGCUACAGAUGUAACGGCCCACGUGCACAUGAAUGCCUAAAGAACUCAAUCAAAGGAAGCUUUAGCAAGGGCAAGGCCAACAUCAACGUCGUCGAAUCCUACGCUCAGACGAUGGUUCCUCAGUACACUGAGAAUUUCGAAGAAGAAUUGGGGCAAGGUACAGAGACCCUUCAAAUUGCACAGCAAGGGAAGGAAGACGAAGCACAAAUCCUUCAAAUUGCACAGCAAGGGAAGGAAGACGAACCACAAAUCCUUCAAAUUGCACAGCAAGGGAAGGAAGACGAAGCACAAAUCCUUCAAAUUGCACAGCAAGGGAAGGAAGACGAACCACAGAUCCUUCAAAUUGCACAGCAAGGGAAGGAAGAUGAAACCCAGAUCCUUCAAAUUGCACAGCAAGGGAAGGAAGAUGAAACCCAGAUCCUUCAAAUUGCACAGCAAGGGAAGGAAAAUGAACCGCAAGUCCUUCAAAUUGCACAGCAAGGGAAGGAAGAUGAACCGCAAGUCCUUCAAAUUGCACAGCAAGGGAAGGAAGAAGAUACAAACAUCCUUCAAAUUGCAAAGCAAGGGAAGGAAGAAGAUACAAACAUCCUUCAAAUUGCAAAGCAAGGGAAGGAAGAAGAUACAAACAUCCUUCAAAUUGCAAAGCAAGGGAAGGAAGAAGAUACAAAGAUCCUUCAAAUUGCAAGGCAAGGGAAGGAAGAAGCUACAAAGAUCCUUCAAAUUGAAAAGCAAGGGAAGGAAGAUGAUACACAGAUCAAGUGUAUGUUCAAUUCAAGUAAAGGAAGAUGCUACACAGAUCCUUUACGUUUCAAUACAGAAGAAGGAAGAUGUUACACAGAUCCUUCUCAGUUCAAUUCAAUCAGGAGAAGAUGCUUCACAGAUCUCCUGGACGACAAAGUACAAUUGUCGCUUUCAAUUGGCCAUGAUCUACAGAUCAUGCAAUCCCAGAUUCCUCAAAGAAUCAAGGAGCUUCCCAAGAAUUCCCCUUUCAAGAACCCAGAUCCAUGUCCAUGUUCAGAAAACUCAGUCAAGGAUACAUCAGUUGGCCAUAACUCAGUCAAUGGAUUCCUGAAGAUCAUGAAAGAACAUUUCGAACCCAUUCAAGGAGCCAGUCCUCAUUUCUUUACAAAGGGAGAGACGGUCGCUAUACAACUUGUUACUGGAAAACAAGUCACUGGGAAACUCAUUCAAUUCAUGCUACAGUCCCACACUGUACAUUCAAUGGCGAAGAUUCAAGAUCAAGUGCACACUCGCCACCUCAUUCAAGUACGGAAACAUGUACACGAAGACUACGAAGAGAUGAUUGAUGGAUUGGACACACCCCCUCAAACUUCUCCACCUAGUUCUGAACACUCCAGACCGCUAUCCACAAGCUCGUCGAGUAGAACCCGAACGAAAUGCCAAGAAGCCAGUGGACUACGCACGUCAACUCUCCAGCCGCCGAUCCAAGCGCUGAUCCUUCUUUACAAAGGGAGAUGUCGAGUCCCGAGACGGAAACAAAGAUUACUGUAUUGGCAUUCCGUUUCAUUAGAAGAUUCUCGAACCUCGGAAGAGAAAUAG